AUGUUAAUCAAGGUGCGAACGCUUACCGGCAAGGAGAUUGAGCUGGACAUCGAGAACGAAUACAAGGCGCGUACCCAUGCGACACAUUGCCCACCGAAUACAACGGACGGAGACAGAGAGGUCUCUCAGAUCAAGGAGAAGGUUGAGGAGAAGGAAGGCAUCCCGCCCGUGCAGCAAAGACUCAUCUACGGUGGAAAGCAAAUGGUCGACGACAAGUCCGCAUCUGAAUAUGGCCUCGAGGCUGGCGCUACAUUGCAUUUGGUUCUCGCCCUUCGAGGUGGAAACUAG